CUGCCAUGUGAGCCCCAGGCUUUUGGAUGCUGGAGACCAGGGAAUCUCAAGGGCAGUAGAUCUGCUACACUCACUCUGUCCUGCCAGGGAAGGAACAUGGGAGUUGUGUCAGCAACCACUGGGUGGAUCCAGCAGUCAGCUCCUUACAAUCACAAGGGUUGACUGCAUCUUUGCGAGCGAAAUUCCGGAGGAAGUGAGGACAGACAACCGCAUCUACCUAUUCCGUUCUGCAAUAUCGUGUGCGCAAUGUCCUGCUUUUAAAAUGAGUCCUGCCACACAGAGGGAACUAAUCUGAGAAGAUAAGCAAACAGCAUAUUGAUCCAGCCAGAUCAUAUAGGAGAAACACCCUUUCCCUAAGGAGCCACAGCCAGCAUGACAGAGGAGGAAAUGGAAGAUAGCGGUCUCGAAAUCGGACUUUUUUACUACAUGUUGAUGUGGAUUGUCAUCUGCUUCAUCUGGUGGAAAUGGAGAGCAGGGCAGAAGUUAAAAGAUAUGUACCUUGUAGGCAAAUAUGUGUUCAUCACCGGCUGUGACUCUGGAUUUGGAAAGCGGGCGGCCAAGACCUUCGAUAAGAAAGGGUUCCAAGUGAUUGCUGCCUGCCAGACUCAACAGGGAGCCGCGGAGCUGAAAGCAGAGACUUCCAGGCACCUCCACGCUGUGCUACUGGACGUGACAAACACAGAGAACAUCAAAUCAGUUACGGAAUAUGUUAAAAAAGAAGUAGGGGAUAAAGGUCUGUGGGGCCUGAUCAAUAAUGCAGGAAUUAUGGGAGUCUCAGCACCAACUGACUGGCUGACCAUCGAGCACUUUAAAGCACCGAUUGAUGUUAAUCUAAUAGGCCUCAUCAAUGUUACAUUACACAUGCUGCCAUUGGUGAAGAAGGCAAAGGGAAGGAUAAUAAACGUAACCAGUGUUGGAGGUCGUCUACCAGUAUGCUCAGGUGGUUAUUGUCCAUCCAAAUAUGGGGCAGAAGCAUUCACCGACAGUUUAAGACAGGACAUGAUGCCAUUUGGAGUGAAAGUUUCUUGCAUUGAGCCAGGGCUGUUUAAAACAGGACUUUCUGACAGAGACAUGGUCAUGAGACAAAAAAUGGCUGUUUGGGACACUCUUCCUCAAAUCAUACAAAAGCAGUAUGGUGAAAAAUACUUAAAGGAAGAUGCAGUAAAGAAGGAGAAACUAGUGAAGCUGUGUCAGAAUACAGACAUCUCAUUGGUUGUGCAUUGCAUGGAACAUGCCUUAAUGAGCAAAUAUCCAAAGGCACGGUACAGUGCAGGCAUGGAUGCUAAGAUUCUUUGGCUACCACUUUCAAAAAUGCCAUCGUUUGUGCAGGACUUUGUACUCAUGAAGAACAAAGUUCAGCUAGUUGACCCAAAUGCUGUGUAAAACUGCAUCUGAAAAAACUCCAGUUUGUUCUUUUUCAAGCUGUGCGUACCGAACAAUGAAG